AUGAACCUCCUCCCAAUCCUCCUCCUCUUCAUCUCCACCCUUCUCCCCCUCGCAACCGCCUUAUCCAGCUCCACCCUGCAAUCCUGCCACAGCCUCAACCGCCUCAACACCACCAUCCACCGCGUCUCCCCUCUCCUCGAAAAACUCUCCACCCAAACCCAACCAACCACCAACACCCUCUCAAACGGAACAUCCACCACAACCACCAGAUCAACAACCAAACUCCAAUCCAUCCAAGCCCUUCUCGCUUCAUCCCAGGAGAAGAUUUACGGACGGUUGGGUAAUUGCUCGGACGAGACUACAUCUGGACCGGGCUCAGAUGUUAAGAGAAGCGAUGAUGAUGAUGAUGAUGAUGAUGAUGAUUGCGACUGCAACUUGAAUGAUGUAUUGGAUCAGUUGGUGGAUACGCUUGAGUGUUUGGUUAGUUUUGUUACGGGUCUGUUGGGGACGAUUCUAGAUGGGGUUUUUGAUUUGUUGGAGGAGGUUGUUAGGGUUGUGGAGGGGUUGUUGGAUUAG